UGUAGCCCAUUCAGCACCGGUGGCUAUAAACUCAUCCAGUGCACAUGAGAAUGAGGAUUGCUAUGAUGGGCAUUGAGAAUCUCCCUGAAGUUCAAGUUCGGGACAUCUUUGAAUGUUUCAAAUGUAAACUGACGUUUGACGAGAAGAAUGUUUAUUUGCAGCAUCUGUUUUCGUUCCACCAGAAGACUACUAAAAGAUACAAACUUGGGACACCUGUUGGAGAGGGUGUGAUAAUCAAAGAUGGAAAAUACGAAUGCCAGUUCUGCCACAAGGUUUUUCAGGAAAGGCGUAGCUAUAAUGGUCAUGUAGGUAGUCAUGUCAGGAACACUGGAAAAAGCUCUGGUAAACUAGGUGCUCCUGUUGAUGCCCCUGUAAAUGCUGAGUCCUCGUUGCUGGAUGGAGAAAGGUCAUCAAAGAUGGAUGCUUUGGUUGAAAUUGCUCAUAAUUCUAUUUUUGAGACUUCAACUAAUGUAAAUACUGAAGAAACCACCACAAAUCAGUCUGCUGUAGUUUUGAGAGUAGAAGAAGCUCAGGCAGCCUUGAGUUGUCCUGAAGGAAAAUUAACUCCAGAUCCUGUUAAAAUUCAAGCAGAGGAUUGCAGUGUUGACAGAAACUCUUCUUGAAGACUUGGAUCAUGGUAGCCAAGCCUUCGACAAAGGACAAUGGCAUCCCGAAUGAUGAUAAAUUUAAUAAUGUGACCAUCAAGGCAGAUACCACUUGCAUAAGUGACUCGGGGGCCGCUAGGUCAUGUGAGAUUCAGAAGUGUGAGAACAGUAGCUUGGAAGUGAAUCAUGAAAACAGAUCCUUGCAGCCUAGUGAGGAUCAUCUACAAAAUGCACCUGAGCUUACUGUUGAAGAGAUUAUGUUUGAAGGUGGAGUUUCUUCGGGUCCCUUGAGCCAGUCAUUUCAGUUCUUCCCACCCUUUGAUUCCAUGUCAAAUAAGGGAGAGCAUGAAUUUUCUGUGGUUGAUCAAAAGCUUGAGAAUGUUACUGGGUUUGAAGAGCUCAGGUUUGAUGAUAUGGAGCCAUUCAAGUAUGGUUUUGGGAAUGAGCAAGAGUUGUCCCUUUUGCCAGGGGGCUCCAUCAAUCUGGAUAGUAACAACGGGAUGGAAGAUGAAUUUAAUACUUCAGUUGGAUUUGGUCAAGAGGAAAUUAUGCUGAAUACUCUGCACACAAACCAGCUAACCGUGUGUGUUUGGUGCAGAGCAGAGUUUAAACUCGAGGGUUUUGAAUCAGAAACUCUAUCAGAUUCUAUAGGUUAUAUGUGUCCAACGUGCAAGGCCAAAAUAUCUGGACACUUUGAUGGAGGUCUCUCAAUGGAUUCUCAUAAUUUCUGACUUUUGGGCAACAUCACAGCUGCUAUUGUGGUAGCAGUCCUUUUGAGGAGAGAAGUUCCAAAUGGUAUUAUUGAGGAGCUGAUCUUAUUCCGUUGUUGCAGUAUAUAUGAGACUAACUCGACCAUGCCACCGGAGGUAAAUUCUCAUUGCUAACUCUUAACUACUUUUGCUCCUACUUCCCAUGGAUGCUUAAGUUGUUUAAACAUGAAGCUGAAACCCUAUCAUAGCUAGUAUUAUGUCUAUCGAUCUCUCUCUAUCGUACAUCUAUACUAUAUGGUAGCCCGAGUUCCUUUAAGAUAUUAGGGAUACCAUGCUAGUACUUGUAUGUGUCUCCCAUUGUAAUAAACUAUAAAUGUGUGUAUAUGUAUGUCAAUGAGAAGCGGGCUAUAUCGGCAUUUGGUCCA